UCCACCUGACACAUCCUGGGGUCCUGGAGAAGCAAUCUACACGGAAUUGAGAGUUCUGUGCUUGUCUGGGUGGCUGAGGAACAGUUCUGGUGCCAUCAGUGCCCUGCCCUGGGUCUGUAGGCAGCUCUCUUCAGCCAAAGCUCAGCUCUGAAGGUGCUGUGGUGGAGUCAAGUGUCUGUGUGCAGUCCUGACAGUCACUCAUCAUCCUCAGAGAGCUUGGAGUUACUUUUCCUCGUGCUCCCUCCUCUCCAGCAUCAGGGUCAAUGCUGUGUGAGUCAGAGGCACGGAUGGCACUCGCUGAACCAGUCCCCAUGGCUUAUUGUAAUUCAGCUCCUGAAGGGAACUGUGAGGUGUCACUGAGUGAUGUGCUGCUCAACUCUUCACCCAGAACUCCUGAGCCCCACAACAUCAAGCCAGGGGAAGAUUCCAACAUGGAGAGACAUCAGCUGGACUCAGUUGAUCCCAAAGCAGCCUCCUCCUCCCCUGCCUCUAGAGUGUGGACAACACAUCGGGAUGGGGAGGUGAAGCUGAGGAUGGAAGACCAGGGAAUAGGCAGUGAACCACCAAAGACUGUUCACCAGCUCUUCCAGGAAACUGUCAAUAAAUAUGGGGACUAUUAUGCCCUUGCAUCCAAAAAAGGUGGCCAGUGGGUCAAACUAACAUACAAAAUGUACUAUGAUGAGUGCUGUAAAGCAGCAAAAAGCUUUCUGAAGCUGGGGCUGCAGCGUUUCCAUGGAGUGGGCAUCCUGGGAUUUAAUUCUGCUGAGUGGUUCAUUGCUGACAUUGGAGCAAUCCUUGCAGGGGGAUUUGCUGUUGGGAUCUACACAACAAACUCUCCCGAGGCCUGUCACUAUGUGGCAGAGAACUGCAGUGCUGAUGUUAUAGUGGUGGAAAACCAGAAACAGCUGCAGAAAAUCUUAGAAAUUGAGGAUAGACUACCUCAGCUGAAGGCCAUUGUCCAGUAUGGGGAAGAGAUAAAGGAGAAGAGUCCAAAUCUGUACUCGUGGAGUGAGUUCAUGGAGCUGGGCAGGGAUGUCCCAGACACUCUGCUCCACUUGGCCAUCGCGGCGCAGAAGCCCAACCAGUGCUGCACCCUCAUCUACACCUCGGGGACCACGGGGCAGCCCAAGGGGGUCAUGCUCAGCCACGACAAUCUGACGUGGACGGCGGCAGUGGCCGGACGGUCCAUCAUGCUCACGGACCCCAAGGAGAGGCAGGAGCAGGUGAUCAGUUACCUGCCCCUCAGCCACAUCGCUGCCCAGAUGUCUGAUAUCUGGUCAGCCAUGACCUUUGGAGUGCAAGUUUACUUUGCUCAGCCAGAUGCACUGAAGGGCAGCUUGGUGGAGACCCUGAGGGAAGUGAGGCCAACUGCUUUUCUCGGGGUUCCUCGUGUCUGGGAAAAAAUGGAAGAAAAGAUGAAAUCCAUAGGGAUGAAAUCGUCGGCACUGCGGAGGAAAGUGGCCUCGUGGGCCAAGGGAGUGGGGCUGCAGACCAACCUGAAGAGGAUGAAUGGGUAUUCUGAGGUGCCGGUGAACUUCCGCCUGGCCAAACACCUGGUGUACAGGAAGGUGAGGAAGGCCCUGGGGCUGGACCAGUGCACCAAGUGCUACACAGGAGCUGCUCCCAUCACCAGAGAGACCCUGGAAUUCUUUCUGAGCCUGAACAUUCCCGUGUUGGAGCUCUAUGGGAUGAGUGAGAGCUCUGGGCCUCACACCAUCUCCCUCCCUCACGCCUUCAAACUCACCAGCUGUGGGAAGGAACUCUCAGGCUGCCGGACCCUCAUUCAUAAGCCAGACAGGGAUGGCAUUGGGGAGAUCUGCUUCUCAGGGAGGCACAUCUUCAUGGGCUACUUGAACAUGGAGGACAAAACCAAAGAGGCCAUCGAUGAGGAUGGGUGGCUGCACUCAGGUGAUCUGGGCAAGCAUGACAAAGAUGGAUUCCUCUACAUCACAGGCAGAAUUAAAGAGCUCAUCAUCACUGCGGGAGGGGAGAACGUUCCUCCUGUUCCGAUCGAGGAUGCCGUCAAAAAUGCUGUUCCCAUCAUCAGCAAUGCCAUGUUGGUUGGGGACAAAGCCAAAUUCCUGUCAAUGCUUCUGACACUAAAGUGCAAGGUGGAUGCAGAGACGGGUGAACCGGGGGAUGAGCUCACUCCAGAGGCUCUGGAAUACUGUCAGAAGCUGGGCAGCAAGGCCACAAAGGUCUCUGAAAUCAUCAGCAGCAAAGACAAGGCCAUCUACGCUGCCAUCCAGAAAGGCAUCACAGCGGUCAAUGAGGGAGCCACCUCCAAUGCCCAGAGAGUCCAGAAGUGGGUCCUUCUGGAGAAGGACUUUUCCCUCUUUGGUGGAGAGCUUGGCCCAACCAUGAAGCUGAAGAGGCCAGUGGUGGCACAGAAAUACAAAGCCCAGAUUGCUCAGUUUUAUGCAGAUGUGGACACUCCCAAUGGGGAGACCUCGGCCCAGCAGUAACCCAGAGGAGAUCCCCCAGCUCCCCAGGAAGGAUUCCCUGGAUUCUGUUGGAAUAAAGAGGCUCUGCCAUCAUGCAGCCCCUUGGCUUGCUUUGCUGUCCAUGUUCUGGCCCUGCCCUGCAGUGUGGUGAGCGUGGUCACGCCCAUGUUCUCCUGUGUCUGUGUUCCCUGCUGAAAUAUCCCAAAUACCUCAGCUCUGUUAUUUUUUAUUCCCAUUUUUAUAGGGACAAUGCAAUGUUUACCUUCAAUCCAUGUGACAUUAUGUUUUAACCAAAGUUUUCCUUUUUUUUUCUUCCUGAGCUGAAUGUAAAGCAGGAGCUGUAAAUCAGGAGCUGCACUUUCCCUGCUGAGGGAGAAAGGCAGAUUCCAUUUCCCAGCAGUGUCCUUGCUCCCUCCCUCUGCACGUUUCCCUGCAUGCUGGUGGCAUCCAUGUUGUUUUAAAUCUCUUUCCCCACAAACCCUGUCUGAGGUGGCAAAUGCUGGGUGACUGCACAGAGCAGUGGAGUUGGAACCUCUCAUGGACUGGGUUUGUCUGUGCAAUAUUUUGAUUUUUUUUAAUCUUUUUUUGAGCCAUAAAUUGUACCAUUGAAGUAGAAUCUAUGGCUGGUGUUCUGGAAGUGAUUUACUCCAGGGGCUAUUUAUAAGGCUUGUGUACAGUGUGUGAAAUCUGUCUGUAUCUUACAAUCUAGAAAUGUCGUCGUGUCUGAAAUGGGAAACUCCAGAGUGGGGGGGUGGGUGGACUGAGGGUUUGUACCUGUGCUUGGAGAGAGGACACAGUGCUGGGAACCCAGUGGUUCUUUUGAAGGUCCAUGAUCAGCCAUCCCAGCCAUCCUGUGAAGGUCCUUCCCGUGGGAUUCAUUGGCUGUAGGACACACGAUUAGGGACUUGCAAAGCUGGAGGGAAGUAUCUGUAACCAGCAGCUCCUCGUGGGUCUCCUCUAAGUGGUUCUGCAGGGUUUAUUCCAGGCUGCCCCAUGCCCAGGAGGGCCUGGGAAUCCCAACAGCAAAUGAAGGAUUGCCUGUAAGAUGGGUUAUUUCAAACCAGAAAUUCUCACCUCGACUCAAGCAGGACAGCCCAGCCCUGGUUCCAAGUAUCUCUUCCCAUGGAAAAGGAGGAGCAGUGGGAGGUGGUGGGUGCAGGUCAGAGCAGCUCUGUGCUGGUUCACACUCUGGCUGGGCUGGGCAUGGACUGGACCUGGGCACCUCGGGGGUGGGUUAAACCCCAAAGUGUCUCUGAUCUGGGCUCAGGGAAAUUCCCCCUGCCCCUGUGGAAGGGUGGGAAAUGCACUACUGUACCUGCUGCUUAUGCCCUGCAAUGUGUGUUCGGAGCUGUUGGAUUUGCCGCGGCUCCAGUGUUUGGAAGAGGAAUGUGCAAUAAACAAACUCUGCAGUUUGUGUCUCCUGA